GCUCCGCUUUCAUCUCGCAGUUUCGCAGCCUCCCUUUCGCGACCCGUGUCAAGUCCACCGCGGCUCGAUCGGAGGUGUGUGUGCAGUUUCCCCGUGUCUCGUUGUCCCCGGAUACACCGGGACGUCCGGCCCGGUUACGAUCGUUACUUUGUGCGGUCCCGGAUCUCGGGAUUCCUCACCGAAUCCGCUCGUCCCUCGCUCCGUCUUCGGGUCGUGCACGAUCCGAAUGCAUCGCCCCGCGCCGGAAAAUGGAAACCGCAAUUGUGACGCAUCCAGAUUUGCCAGAAAGAGAAGAAUAAAUUUUACGACAGACGGCCAUGCGAAUAGUGAGAAGGCAAACGAUAAGGACGAGAAAAAGAGGAUCAAGUGAAUGCAGAUGAAGAAGAUCGUUAUUCUGUAAAUUUUUUCCCAAUGUAAUUUGUAAGCCGCUAUUUUUUCAACGUAUUAUUUGACAGCUGAAGCGCGAGAUAGAGCGGCAAAAAGUACGUUUAAUAAUGUAAGGAAAGAGUCGGGACAGAGAGGUUUUUAUCUCUUUAUCACCAUGUUUUUAACAUUGCAUUUGAUAUCGUUACCAUUUAAAGUAAAGGUGACAGAACGACGAUCUCGUACCGCAUUAAUAGUCUAGUUCGACGUGAAAGCUCACAAAGAUGAAAUGACGUGCGUGGGCGAUUGCAUGUAUAUGUACAUAUAUAUAUACGCACGCACGUGAAAAUGUAAGGCUCCUACGCGUUUCCGAUGCAUUAAUCUAUCAGCGAGCAAUUUCUGCGUAUCUUUUUGAAGCGAGAGAGGGAAAACCGAAUUAAAUGCGAUAGAUUGACUCGCAAUUGGAUUAGUCGUGGUAGCGAAAUGUCAAAGGGAGACAGAGAGGCGGGAUGAUCGCGGAAACAAAAGAUCAAACGCACGCGUAAUCACCCGUGCGUUAGCUUUGCCCUUGGGCCCCUUGCCGCUCAUCAUUCUACGCGAUCGACGCGGAUUCGCUUGGACCGAUUGGAUCUCUUGGGUGAUGCAUCGGGAUGGCGGAAACGAUAGCACAGAAUCGUACAGCGUACGACAGAACGACGACGGCGGAAAAGCUGAAUCUCACGUCGAUGACAUUCCUUCCUUCCAACGUGGUCGCGGCCGCGUUCAACGCCGAGACGACUAAUCCGUCCGCAGCGAUGACGGGCGACCCUGCGGUCGUCACCACUAUCAAACCUCACCAUCGCGUCCACAACGUGACGGAGUAUCUCGUCGAGCAAGACGAGCUCGAUCACAGUAUCCUUGCCAACUUUUCAGACAUACAGACCGUUUUGCUUGCAUGCAUAUCGACGUUAUUACCGCUGAUCAUCGCCUUGGGGAUCGCCUUCGGCGUCAGGCACGUGUGGCGAAAGUAUCGGAACGACAGGGACAGCGGGAACGGUUUACCCUGGUACAAGAACGUCUGCAACCGCGAUAAUGCAGUCGAGUCGCAGCAUCAUCAUCCGCAUUCCGGAAAUGUUCCCGUUGAGGCUGCCACGAGGGUUCUCUCCGCACAAGACUUGGUGAAUGGCCUAGACGUACCCCGAUACAUGUGCGAGACCGAGGUGAUGGAGGACGUAAACGUUGCCCCGGCGGCGGCGGCCGUGAUGGAGUACACCACCACUUCCGGCAAUCAUACCAGCAAGAACGCGAACGGGAACAUCAUCACCCUCACGCUCAAGAACAAUCAUCUUAUCGUGGAAACGGAGGAACGUGCGGUAACGAUGGAAGAUAACAAACCCACGUCAAUAUACAAAGACAGCGGGUGUUCAUUUGUGGUAGAGGUGCAGCCAGAUUAUGACAAGGAAGAGACGAAGGGUAACAAAGGGUCGUCCGAUGAUGUGACUACUGGUGUCACCGAUCAACAAGCUCUGGUGCACAGGGAGGAAAUACCGGACGACAGAUCUUCAGCUUUCGAAAAUACGCGACUGUUCGGGAGCACCAACACCGGUCUGUCACAGUCAGAUCUAUCGAUAUCCAGCCAAGGUUCGGCUAAUCCAAGCUAUCGCUACGGCAAUCAAGUCGAAUACGAUUCCGGCCAUCUUGGUUACCCCAUGUACGGUGGUAGUUACGAGUCCGAUGUGCCGUCGAGGAAACUGGAGGGACGAUCGAAAUGGGUGGAGUUCGACAAAUCGCCGGAUAUAGACAAGAUACUGUUAGACGACUCCAGAAAUUUUACUAGUGAAGAAGAGGAGGAGGAGAACAAAAGUCCGCAGUUCUUCGGAAAAUCAAAAGAUAUGUCGUCUCUGCAAGAUGUUGUGAACGCGGUGGUACGGGAGGACUCGUUGGAUAUCGACAGUUUCCCAGAUGCCGUGCGAUCGAAUCCGAAUCUCCAAGUGAACGGCACGACGCCGAACAAGCUCGAGAUUAUGGAGCAGAAGGCUCUAAGCAACGACUUCGCCAGCAAGGCGGAGAACAACAAGCCCGUGAUAACCGGCGUGCUGCUGAAGGACGACGUUCAGGAGGACGCGUUCCAGGAGCAGCAGCGUAAACUGGGUAACGGCACGCUUACGCCGGAACACAAGGGGGACAGGACGGCGGCACGCAAGCCGGAAGGCAGUGUCUUCGUGCCGAGUCACAAACGAGCGGGCAGCAUCCCGCCGCGACUGAUCGAGGAGACGCUCGAGAUGGAUCGCAAGAAAUCGCUCGACAUCUACAAUAAGUACAGUCAAAUCAAAACGAGUACCAGGGGCAUGCUGCCGAGCUUGAGUCCGAAAUUCGAGCUGCUGCAGAACGAGGUGAGUCCGAUCGAGGAGAAAGAGAGUUAAUGUGCGCGCCAAUCAAGGAAGGAUCUCCCAUCCCCCGCCGUCCCGCUCCCCUCGUCGUCGCCAUCGGUUUCUCGACUGUGUGUCGUCGGGACGCAACAUCCUCGGGAUAAAUUGCAACGAAAGAUACUAGUCAGGGAUUAUUG